AUGGCACGUGGACAGGUGUCGCAGCGUCGCCGGCACACCGAAAAUGAGAUCGAUGACGAAGAUAGCGAGGUCUACGCGAGCACACCAAAGAACAAACGGCAGCGUGUGCAGCAGGACGAGGAUCCUGAGGAUGAAGAGGACGAGGACGGACUUGAAGAAGAUAACGAGAAUCGGCUCGAGCAUGGAUCGCAGUCUCCUGAAGGGUCGCUGCUGCCCGACAGCUUUCGGCGGUCUCCGCGAGGUGCAUGCGUGCCGAGCCAACAUCAGCCUGGAUCUAUUAUCCGCGUGCGUCUCAAGAAGUUCGUCACAUACAGUGCCGCUGAGUUUCACCCCGGCCUAAACCUGAAUAUGGUCAUUGGCCCAAAUGGCACUGGCAAGAGUACUCUGGUCUGCGCCAUCUGUCUCGGUCUUGGCUGGGAGCGAAAGCACCUAGGUGGCCGAAACGGCACCCUGCGCGCCGAGAUUGAGAUCGAACUAGCCGCAGACUGGGCACGGCACGCGGAGAACCCAGCCAUCACGACGAUCAUCACGUAG